CCCAGUUGGAUGCUGCCAGGAAUCGGGACUGCGCAUGUGGCUGCCUGUGUGGUCUCGCGCUCGUUCACGGCCACAUAAACACCUGAUCUCUGCAAGGGGACAAAUCCAGUGAGAAUUUCCGCAGGAAACCGAUCCCCUCUCGUCGCAGACCCCCCUGCUGUAGAGAGCGAGGUUUCCUGCCGAGCAGGAUGGCGGAUGGAGACACGGUGGUGGAUCUGAGCGUGGGGGACAGCAGCCCGCUGCAGCUGAGGGACUACCGGAGACUGGCUCGGCUGUACUGCAUGAAUGGCGGACAUCACCUCCAGAUCCUCCCCGACGGGACGGUGCAGGGCCAGAGGGAAGAGAGUGACGCUCACACUGUUUUAAAGCUCAAAGCUGUGGACAGAGGUGUCGUGGUCAUCCAAGGAACUGAAGCCAGCAGAUAUUUAGCCAUGAGCGAUGAAGGCCGUUUGUACAGUUCACCCACAAUUACAGAUGAAUGUUACUUCCUGGAGAGGCUGGAGGAGAACCACUACAACACAUACCAGCCACAGAAAUAUCACGACAACAACUGGUACGUAGCUCUGAAAAAGAACGGAAAGCCUAAACUCGGCCCGAGAACCCACAUCGGACAGAAAGCCGUCUUCUUUCUCCCCAGGCAGCUGGAUGACUGAAGGAGCAAAACACACAGCGAUACCUCAACCGCAAAGGACCAGAAACACAUAACCUCUAAAUCAUCAAUAGGACUACUUACAGGAGAUGGUGGCGUGAAAUCAAGAGAUAAUAAAUCCAAAUAAAAGGGAAGUGCAAAGGCAGUCUGUGUAGUGCAUGGAGAGAUCAAAUGUCUCUUUAUUUUAAUAAUACGUCAAAUCUAUAGACACAACAAAUCUUUGAUUUUAUUUGGUAGCAGGUCCUCUUAGCUCACAGAACAGACAUGUAGAGCAAACAUGAACACAUUAACCUGCAGUUUAACAGGAAUUUGUGCUUCUUGGACUAAGGUUUUCUGGGAAGAGUAAAUAAAUACAUUGCCACUAAUUAGGUACUGUACUUUAGCUUUUCUGUAAUCUGUUUUGUUCUUGAAACCUUGACUGGAUAGAAAGUGCUACAGAGCUUAAAGCCUAACAAAUUAACCAGUAAAGCUUUCUCAGAAGUGUUGCUGCUCUGUUAUACUUCCAACAGUUACACAUUGCUGCCACUAGAAGCCGCCACUGUGCACGAUUACAUCCUCUCCAAAGAAUUUUUAUUUGCAACACUUAAAUUUACCGGCCCCUUAUGCACAUACACACUGACCUAUGAGUUAGCCCCUUUAAUCACACUUAUUAACAACUGUUUGUGCACUCACGGUUUUUCAUGGUUUGUCCAAUAAGGCUUCAUAACCUAGAACAAUCAUCAGUAUGCUCGUCUCUACACUUUGAAUAUCCUGCACUGUUUAUAUUACUAUGCACUUAAUGAGCCUUCAUUUCUGUUCUACUGAGCUCUUGGUUCUAUUUUGUUACGCUUUUUUAAAUAUUUGUUGUAUUUUAUUGAACUAUUUUAAUGUUUCUUUGCAAGCUCCUUUGACUACCAUAUUUAUAGUUCUUCAGUUGUACCCCAUUGUAAACCACUUCAUUUUGUUAGCGGUUUUCCUGUUACACAUUAAUGAAGCAUGCAGUGGAUAUAAAAAGCGUACACGUGCCUGUUAAAGUGCCUGCGGUAAUGACGUUACAAUAACGAGACCAAGAUAAAACUUUUUCCACCUUUAAUGUGACCUUAAAACAAAACUUUUAGCGGAUCAAAUUAAAAACAUAAAACAUUGUGGUUGCACAUGCUCCUAUAAAUGGGAAGCUUACACUUUUUCUAUCCACUGCAUUUAUGUAUUCUGAGUAGGUGAUGCAUCAGUAACAACCCAGGAAGCUCAGCAGGUGCAUUUAAAGUGACAUUUAUUUAACACUAAACAGUUUCUGUACAGUUUGAUAACAACAAAAACCCCAGGCUGCAGCUCUACAUCAUAUAGAAAGAAGCAUAACUGGUCUGUAAAUGAAAGCCAUGGCAUAUGAAAUAUGAACUGUUGAUUCAAGCGUCAUUAUAAAACAACAUCCUGCACCACUU